CUUCACUGCGUCAGUUUCUCUUCGCAAGCAGUAUUAUCGUGUUUUAUACUUUGAUGGAUUUUUGAAUGAGAAUUAAUUGAUCUUACCUAAUAAUGGGUGCCAUAUAUAAAUUAAGGAGAUUAAUUUAAUCCUCGAAAAUACAAAUGGCUGCGGAAUCGCUUCUGAAAACGGGCAAGCAUUCGAAAUAUACAUCGUAUAGAAAAAUCUUGUAUCAUAGGUUCUUCGUCGGCCUACUCUUGUUUAUAGUGGUAUCUUUAGUGUUUACAGUGGUGUUUAAUACGUUUUCUGGUAGUGCAACGCGGAUAGAUGUGUAUCAAGCUGUGAAUUUGGACUCGGCAAGUUUUGAAGUGGUUAAAAUCAGCAGUAAUGCUCUGGAGGCGCAUCCUCGUGUCUCCAAUUGCACUUAUUGGGACUGCGUCGAUGUCUACAGAUGUGGGAAAGGCGGCCACAACAAGAUAACAAUAUACAUAUAUCCAUUAAAAGACUAUCAGACUGAAAAUGGGAAUUCUAUAUCAAGAUUUUCUAAAGAAUUUUAUAUGAUAUUAGAUACAAUAAAACGUAGUAAAUAUUACACGCCUGACCCGGAGGAGGCGUGCUUGUUAGUACCUAGCAUAGAUACUCUGAAUCAAAAUAGUUUCUCAAGCAAACAUGUUGCACAAGUGCUGCAGUCUUUGCCAUAUUGGAACCACGGUGAAAACCACCUUAUAUUCAACAUGCUGCCAGGGUCAGCACCCAAUUACAACUCCGUUGUGGACCUUAACACCAGCCGAGCCAUUAUAGCAGGAGCUGGUUUCAACACAUGGACAUUUAGAUACAAUUUUGACGUAUCAAUACCAGUGUACAGUGCUAUUGCGGAGACAAUCGACAGCACACAACCAGAACGAAAGAAGUACCUUAUAAUAUCAACACAGCUCAAUAUACCACACAAUUAUUUAGAAGAAUUACAGAACAUUGCGUCUUCGUCCAAUGAUCUCUUGUUGUUGGACCGAUGUAAGACUGACAAGACAGAUUACAGUAAAAGGUGUGAGUACACCACUGGUACACAGUUUGCUUACCCUGAUGUCCUGAAGGAUGGGAUGUUCUGUUUAGUUGUAAGAAGUGCAAGGUUGACGCAAGCUGUGUUAAUGGAUAUUCUCGCUUCUCAGUGUAUACCGGUAGUGAUUGCGGACUCAGUAGUGAUGCCAUUUAGUUCACAUGUGGAUUGGAAUAAAUUAGCACUGUUUAUACCGGAAGAUAAUAUAAAGAAUUUAGUUAAGAUAGUCCAUUCAGUGAGCAAGGAGCGCCGUGGGGAGCUCUACUGGCAGCUAAGAUGGGCAUUUGAUAGAUAUUUUGCUAGUAUAGAGAAGAUAACAUUGACUGCUUUAGAGAUAAUUAAUGAGAAAGUGUUUGCGUUGGCCGCCAGGACGUAUGAAGAGUGGAACAUGCCUGAACACUUGUACGGUCCAGUGAAUCCACUCUUCUUGCCGGUGACCGCGUCCAAAGCGGCUGGCUUCACCGCGGUCAUACUGACGUACGACCGGGUAGACAGCCUGUUCGCGCUGGUGUCCAAACUGGUGCGGACGCCGAGCCUAGCCAAGAUACUAGUCGUUUGGAAUAAUCAGAAAAAGGCUCCGCCUCCUUCAUCCGAAUGGCCAGUUAUAAACAAGCCGUUAAAAGUGAUACGAACCAAAGAGAACAAACUGUCAAAUAGAUUUUUCCCGUACGACGAGAUUGAGACUGAGUGUCAGCUGACUAUUGAUGACGAUAUCGUCAUGUUGACGCCUGAUGAGUUGGAGUUUGGUUUCGACGUGUGGCGUGAGUUCCCCGACCGGAUCGUGGGGUUUCCGUCCAGGCUGCACGUUUGGGAUAACACCACCAACUCGUGGCGAUACCAUAGCGAGUGGACCAACCAGAUUUCUAUGGUGUUAACAGGAGCAGCGUUCCACCACAAGAUCUGGUCGUGGUACUACACGUACAAGAUGCCCCAGGAGAUCAGGAGCUGGGUGGACGACAACUUCAACUGCGAGGAUAUUGCCAUGAACUUCCUAGUCGCUAAUAUCACUAGGAAGGCACCUAUUAAGGUGACGCCACGCAAAAAGUUCAAGUGUCCUGAAUGCACGAACACAGAGAUGUUAUCAGCCGACGCUAGGCACAUGUCGCAGAGAUCGGCCUGCAUCGCUCGCUUCGCAGAAAUAUACGGCCAUAUGGCCUUACAGCCCGUCGAGUUUCGAGCUGACCCGCUCCAGUACAGGGAGACUGGAUCUGGAGUACCGCACGCCUAUCCGGACAUAGGCGCGUUGUAAGGUAAGGUUUUGAGAGCCCUCUUAACGAACUACCAUAUUGAAAUUAGAUCUCUGACUUCAGUAUGCUGUAUGCAUUAUGGUGUAACGAACUAAACUGUAUUUAGGUUUUAGUACAGUCAGCUUCUAAAUGUUAGGUAACUGUAUCAUUGUACAGUCAACCGCAAAAAUGAGUUUCGAAAAAAAUAUUAAGCCAUUUUGUUUUUUAUUAUUGUUAUAUUAGAAGAGGGCCUCGAUUGUUAGAUUUAAUGGAAAGUAGGUGGUACGGACAAUAACAAAUUGAAUGAAGGCUGUAAGAGAAAUAAAAAAUGGGAUUUCGUCCCCAAUACCAGGGUAUGUAGAGUUAAACUGCCAUUAUUUCAUUAAAUUCCCCGAUACACCCUUAGUUGUGCAUUUACGGUGGAAAAUGUCUAUGUAAAUUUAUUAUUGCUAAAUUAUGAAGUCGGUUAAAAAUAAUACAAAGAAGAAUUUACCUUUAUGAAGUAGGUAUUUUAUACAAAUAUUCCAGUAUACAUUGAAAACUAAAAAAAAAUCAAAGUUUCAAUAAUUUUAAUUAAAGUACCCAACCAUUUAUAUAGAUUUUCUACCGUAAAUGUACAGUGCGCACGAAAAUUAUGUAGCCACUGGCGAAGGCAUACCGGUCUUUUUAUUAUUCAGGUAAAUAUUGUUCUCAUAUCGUAUGGGUAACUCUUUCCACGCAAUAGGAAAACAAUUUAUAGGUACUAGAAUAUGAAAAGAAUCGAGUGUCCCAUUUGCUAUUUGACUUCAUAAUUUUCGUUGCGAGAAUAAUCCCUUAUCCUUAUUUUAAGGACUUGCGUUGUGAGCUUACGAAUGCCUUCGGAUUAUUUUGACGGUAUACAAUGUCAAAUUAUAGUGUUAUGGAUAUAGUUUGUUGGUUGUUUAUUUAUUGUUUGUAUUUGAUGAGCUUUUUACUGGCUUUUCUGUCUCUUAAGGAUUUAUUUUAUAUGUACUUUUCUAAACUUUAAUCUAUCGAUUUCACUGCAUUUUUGUUUAAAAAAAUAUGUAUUUAAUUCAAUUUUAAUAUUUCACUUUUUAUUAUUUAUGAUUAUUUUUGUAUAAAAUUGAAAUAAAAUAAAUCUUUGAGAGAUACAAUACGCCCGAGCUUUUACAAAACAUGGUCCCCGACUUACCGCGUCUCAACUCAGACAUAUCCACGUGCAGAGCAUUAGCUAGUAAUGUUGUUUCAAAUGAUUUUAAAUCUUGCGCCGAUAUUUAUGGUGGCGACUGUUCGUUUUUGCCAAACUAUAACAGUUCUGCCG